AGCAGUUAGCAAGAAAAAGACGAAGAACAACAGCAGCAUGGCUGGAAAUAUAAGUAACACGGCGGUUCCGAUCAGUAGUUCUAUGUCUAAGUUACAGUCAUUAAACGGACUGUUUGCAAUAUAUAAAAAACGAGGUCCUACGUCUACAGACGUGUUAAAUGCGCUUAAAGAAGCUCUGCUAAAGGAAGCCGGUGCCAAGAACCCAAACCCACGGAAGAGGAGGAAGCAGAGUCUGAAGAUCGGACACGGAGGGACGUUGGACAGCGCAGCCAGUGGAGUGUUGGUUGUUGGUGUCGGAAAUGGAACAAAGAUGCUCACUACAAUGUUGGCAGGUUCAAAGAAAUACGUCGCUGUGGGGGAACUGGGGAAAGCUACAGAUACGCUCGAUGCCACGGGUCAGGUGAUCCUGGAGAAGGACUUUGACCAUGUGACCAGGGUGGAUGUUGAGGAGAAACUCAAACAUUUUGUUGGUGACAUCAUGCAGGUGCCUCCACUUUACUCUGCGCUGAAGAAGGACGGUCAGCGCCUGUCUGUCCUGCUUCAGAAAGGUCAGAAGGUGGAGGCCAAACCUGCCCGGCCCGUCACUGUCUAUAGUCUGACCCUGCAGGACUUCACACCUCCGCUCUUCACUCUUGAUAUUGAAUGUGGCGGCGGAUUUUAUGUCAGAAGUUUAGUGGACGACCUUGGAAAAGCUCUGUCGUCGUGUGCUCAUGUGAAGGAGUUGACCCGGACCAAACAGGGUCAGUUCACCCUGGACCAUCAUGUCUUACACGAGGACCACUGGACACUGGAGCACGUGGUCCGGGUUCUGCAGCCCUGCUCCGGGUUGGCACCGCAUUCAGACCGGACCAACAUUCCAGAGGCUGACGCCUGAGGAGCACACGGCUGUGGAGAAGCCAGUGUAUGUGCACGCAGACGUGACGCCCCACAUUACAUUUAUUCAACAUCAGUCUGUUUUUACAAAUGAAGCCACUGAACUGGAGAAACAUCUGUGUUCUCCACAAAAAGCUCAGUGCAGCUAUUCUGGUUUUUGAUGCACUUUCCUGAUGUUUUAUGGUAAGUGUAGAAUAGUUUGACUGCAGUGGAGUCCGGGUACAUGAUGGGAAACACUGGGUCUGGGAAAUAGGGGUCAGUUUUUCUCAGUUCAGCUGUUUAAUUGGUUUUGGUUUUGUUCUUGAAUUAUAUGCUUUUGAUCACUCUUCCUAUUAAGUACCUGCUGUCCCUUAACCUUUCUGCUCAUUACAGAGUUAUGAAAAACCUGGAAAAGUCACAGUUUUACAGCCUCAUUUUUUAUAGAAGGAAACAUCAAGGUUAAGUAAAAUCAGCCACAUUUUUUGAAUUUAAUGUUCAUAGAUGAAACCUCUUUAAUUCAUCAAACUAGGUUGUAGGUUUUUCCACAUCCUUCAAAUAAAGCAGAAGUCCACAUUUUACAGUUAAAGAUGCAGGAGACUUUCGUGACCAAUUUUUCAUCAAAUCUGUCCAUCCUCAGUCGUAUCCUCAGUAUCAUGAAUCUGUUAGUCUGUCUGU